AUGGGUACAGGCAAAACGAAGACCUUCGCUUCAAUCAAGAUGCGACACAAUCCUCUGAAACAGCAGUUAGACGAGCUCAACAGCGACCCCGAAUUCGAUAAACUCAGCCCCGAAGACAAGAUCGAGUCCGCUACCAUCAUUCAGACUGUCAGGGAGUCUAUCGACAACUUUCCCGAUUUCCGAAACCUUGUGUUUUACUCCACCGCUAGCGUCUUUCCCAUCAAGGUUGGUGUUGAAGUUAACGAAAAGGGCAGAAUCCACUCCACGAUUGGUCUUCUCGAAAUAUACCACACUCUCCAAACGUUGGAUGUCGAAGGAGGAGAAGCCAUUUCGCUGGAGGGAUGGCGAGGGGACUCUAAGCACCUCCAAGAAGACGAAGCGAUACCAGGCGAAGGAGGUCAACGAACAGGAUAUCGUAAUGCUACCGGAAGAUAUACAUUCGUCACGUUACUGGCUCCUCCAGCUGUUCAAGUGGGAGAGACUUCUCUUUGUUACCGGAACGCCUAUCGCCAGCACUCUCAGGGAUCUGCUCAGCCCGCUGACUCUCAUCGCCUAUACCAACGACCAUGUCCGCAACUUCCAAGCUGUCACCUCGGCCGUUGGAUAUUUGCCGGCUUGUACCACGACUCGUACGACCCUGAUGCAGACAAGACCGACAUCACCGCCGAGUUUGGCGAAAAGCUCGGCCAGACAGUGGGAAUCUUCUCCGAAGCCUUUGUGGCCAAGCACCAGGAAAACAGCGAAGUGACCGCUGCUCUCCAGUUCUUCAAGAUGGCUCACGACAGAUGGAGUCUGAAACCCUGGAUGCUGUCGCCCAACCUCCUGGUUGACUCUUCCAAGGAACUGUCCUGGGGUGUGAACUUGGGCAGCAAGGUCACCUACCCAUCCGACGGAAUGCUACCAAGUUCUAUCCGCAUUGAGGAAUGCCCAUACCGGCCCGGCAACCCUGACGCUGAACUUCUUCGCCGCAUUGGAAAGGGGUACGCAGACAGUCUGUUCUCCUCCGCUGAGGCCGGUCUUGAGCAGUCCACCCGGGCUGUGCCUGACCCCUCCCAACCAGCAGACUCCAACGACUUGGGCCUCCACGACGGUACCGAGUCGCACAUGAACUUUGGAGAGCACCGUGCGGGCGUCAUCACUGCAUUUGACCCCGGAACCAUCAUGCUCCUUCAGCCCACCACUCCUGCCUUCUUCGGCACCAACUCCAAGCUGAUCAAGGAGAUUGCCGGGCUUGCCAGUUCUCAAGGUGCGCAAAUGACCCCGUCGCGAAAGAAGCACUUGAAAAAGUUGCAGUCCGGCAGCGAGGUCGUUGGCCUGGGCGUAGAACACAUCGACAAACUCCUAAAGGAGUCCAAGAACGUUGACACACCAUGGAUACAGAACUAUGUGAUCGUCUCCCUUGUUUUAUACGGUUACAAUGUGGCAACGAGCAAAAGCACUGUUCGUUGGUUUUUGCUCAAGACACCCAACACCUAUCACGAUAACAUUGAGCGGAUGGUCACCGCGAAAUGGAUCGUGACUACGUCUACUCAAUCUGCACUACCGGAGUGGCUUGAAUUUGAGCUCCUUGAGAUCUGCCUUUGUGAGAUUCACAAAAGCAUAUGGCAUACUCCGUUCAACAGGUAUGCAUGGAUCAUUGAGAAGGAGCUUUCAGGCAGUAGCAUGAACUACCAUGGCACUCACAUUCGACUCCUGGGCCACAUCUUUUCGAUGAUUGCACGUUGCCUCCUCACCUGUCCUGAGGAUCAGCAGAAGUUCUGGAAGGACCUGAAGAUAAGUGGCCCAGAGAAGUGGUUGAUGGAGGACGCUGACAAGCUUCGAACCAAGUUUUUCAAGGUUACACAGACAGUCCUCAACACCAUGAAGAAGGAGCCCGACUCGGCCGAUGCGGAACUGAAGCACAAGCUCGGCAAGGCUCACCUGAGCUGUACUACUCGUCGCACAAAGGCGACUACUGUCACCCUCAAAGAGGAUGAAUCUGAGGACGAAUUCCUGAAGAUAAGUCUACUACGCAGCCUAGUGGGUAGCAGGAAAGUUGACCUCCUAGUCUAA